CCGCCCAUCAGCAACAGUUGCCAGCUGUUAACUUCUCCUUACAGUUUAUGGCUUGAAGCUGUCAUUACGAAUUGCUCCAGUUUUCUUCUUUUAACUUAUACAUUUUUGUUUUGACCUUUUGUAAAACAAAGCCUCUGCUUAGGAAUCACCACAUUCAUUCACCUCUCUUUCUCAAACCAUUCACCAUGUUGGGCCAGUUCUCCCCUGUUGAGCCCUACAGCGCUCUAUCCACCCCACCGCCCUGGAAUCCAGCACACCUGCUUCAGCCCUUCCGCUUCCGCUCCCGAACUGAACCAGUAGACUGGAGACGUCUCUCUGCUCUUGACGUGGAGCGUGUUGAGCGAGACAUGGAUGUCGAUGUGCUUCAGAACUUCAUUACGACUGUAACGUUCUGUGCCGUGGAGGGUGAGCGGUGUCCAAACUGCCGUGGACCUGCUGACCCUUCUUUGAUCAAACUGCUUCGUAUGUCUCAGCUGAGCACUGAGUACCUGCUGCACUGCCAGGACUUGCUGAGCUCUCAGCUGUCAGGACUGGAGGAGCGUCUGCAGGCGGCGCUCGCUCUGGUCCAGCGAGGAGAAGAACAACGAGCAGAACUUGCAAAAAAUUUGCAGGAAGCCAAACAGGAGAAUCGACAGAGGAAGAAAUUGAUCGCCACCCAGCAGCUCCUCCUGCAGGCCAGUGCUAAUAAUUAUCACAAGUGCCAGUUCUGUGAUAAAUCAUUUGUCAACUACUCUUACUUACAAGCACAUGUUCAGCGACGACAUCCUGAAGUCACAAAUGCAGAGAGACAAAAGAAGAAGAAGGUAGAAGAGAUGGAAGAUAAUAUAGAAGAGCUGAAGGAGAAAUUGAGAAAGACGCAAAUGCAGCUACAGGCAGAGAGAGAAACAGAAAGUUUGAGGCGGCAACUGGAACUAGAGGAACAGCGAAGAAAAGAGCUAUCAGAAAAGGAAGCACUGGAGAGAUGGAAAGAAGAGGAGAGAAGGAAAUCUCAGCAGGAAAUUGGAGAGCUGAGACAGUUGUUUCUACAGGAGUCUAAAGACAUGGCAAGCAAGAGCUCAUCCAUAGAGGCUAAACUGCAAGUGUUGCAGAACAAAGAGGUGGGGGUAGUUAACAAUGUCAGUUUACAAGAAGAGAGUGACCCUGAAAAAGAACUGAGAGAAAACAGAGAGAGAGAGCUAAAAGAGAGAAUGGCCAGGAAGAAAAGUGAAUGGAAGAAGAAAUUUCAGGAAGCACAGAACAGACACCGACAGGAGAAAGAGGAGCUGAAAAGUGAGAAUGCCAGGCUUGUGAAGGCCUUGUCUGUGGAGAAGAACUCUGGCUCCAGUUUGCAGAAGCUUCAGAAGCAGGUUGUCUCUCUUUCUUCUGAGCUGAGCCAGAAGGACAGACUCAUCCAAUCUCAGGAGGAGAAGAUUAAAAAGCUGUCAGUCAUGUCAGUCUCAGCUCCAGUGAUUUUGCAGAAAGCCCAAGAUUCUCCUGAGGAUCCAGAGGAGGAAGAUGAAGAGAGCAUGGAGGAUUCAGAUGAACCCCAGUGGAAGGUUCUAAAGACACACAAAGGAAAGUCAGAGCUAACGAAAGAGUCUAGACCCAUUCUAGAAGAAACACUGGAGGAACAACUGGAGAAUAUGGGUCUGCGGAAGGGUACCAAGGGCAUCUCUAAGCAAACUUUUAAGAGUCUGAGUACUCUGUUGACUGGUCAACGGCUGCACAGAUACAGACAGCAGCCAGACCUUCAGAACCAAAGAGACAACCUGACACAGGAGGUCAUCCGGCGAGUGAAAAGACUACAGAAGAGCCAGGGGAAAUUAACACCCAGCACUUUAAAACAGAGGGGUAAGAAACAUUCAACCUCAGUGAAGGAAAAAAGCCUCCGAUCCAGGGAGGGUUUACAGCCGUCCAUUCGGAGGGCCAAGAGCCAGCAGCCACAAGCACUUAUUCCAACACCCACCCCACGCUCCAGUGCACCUCAGAAUCAGACACCAAAAACACAGCAGAAAAAGAACAGCACACCACCUUUCAGUUCAGAUGAGGAUGAGUCAGUUGAGGACAGUGCUUAUAUCACCAGCUCACGAGGCAAGCCUUCCCCGUCUGUCCGCCUUGUCCAAUCAGGAUCACUGCUGAACCCAACAGCUGAGCCUGACUGGACAGACAGUGAACUGUCAGAGGCUUCUGCCACACCCAAACUCUACAAAAGUCCCAAUUCACAUGGUUCUGUUGUCAAAACACUGACAAGAAGUUUGGAAAGACAGCUAAGCACACCAGUCAAAAAACCUGUGGGUGGGACUAGAGUUCUGCCACCACCCAGCCCCUCCCCUCGCCCUGCCAUUGUAAAACAGCGAGCGCUGUCUGAUGAGGAGAGUGAUUUGGAGCUGUCCUCAAUAGAAGAGCUCACGGCCCACCGUGCAAGAGUACACAAAAGUUCAGAGGUGGGUGGGACCUCAGGGACCAGUGCAUGGAGUUCUGUGGCCAGUAGACCAGGAGCAUGGUGAAGUGUGACGUGACUGUGUCAAAUAAAUAGAUGUUUUCACUCCAAACCCACAUUCUCACCUAGACUCCUAAAGACUUUACAAGUGCAGCUGCAAAUGAAUCCAUAUUAAAGGGCUUUUCUAUGCUUUAGGAAAUAAGUGUACCCAAAAACUGUAGCCAAAAGAAUCAGCCAUUACUUGAUUGUGUGCUGUAGUAUAACCUUCAGACACUUUGUUUUUGUAAGUAGUGCCAAACAUAGUCCAGGAUACAUUUUGUUUUUAGCAGCAAAGCAGAAAGUAGUGCUAAUCUUCAAUGAGCUGUGAGUUUUUUUAUAUACAGUAAGUAAUCAUUGGUUUUCAAAAAAAAUUGUGAUGUUUUGAAUGUAGUUGACAAGCAAUCAACCAUGAACAUACGAGAGAAAUUUGGGGCAAUAAAAAAAACUUUAAUUUUCUGUAAAGCUGCUUUUUGCAAUGUGUUGUAUAGUGAAAAGUGCUACACAAAGAAACUUGAAU